CUAAAGUAGUGCUAUGAAUGGUGAAUCUGGAGCAGAGGUGGUAACUUCACCACCUCCCACAGCUCCUCAUAAAGAGAGGUAUUUCGAUCGAGUUGAUGAAAACAAUCCGGAGUACCUGCGUGAGAGGAACAUGGCUCCUGACCUUCGCCAGGAUUUCAAUAUGAUGGAGCAAAAGAAGAGAGUCUCCAUGAUUCUUCAGAGCCCUGCCUUUUGUGAAGAAUUGGAAUCCAUGAUCCAGGAGCAGUUCAAGAAAGGAAAGAACCCGACAGGCUUAUUGGCUUUGCAACAGAUUGCAGACUUCAUGACGACAAACGUGCCAAAUGUCUACCCCGCAGCACCACAAGGGGGAAUGGCGGCCUUGAAUAUGAGUCUCGGCAUGGUGACACCAGUGAAUGAUCUCAGGGGGUCUGAUUCUAUUGCCUAUGACAAAGGAGAGAAGUUACUGCGAUGUAAGCUGGCUGCUUUCUACCGGCUAGCUGACCUGUUUGGGUGGUCACAGCUCAUUUACAAUCACAUAACAGUCAGAGUAAAUUCAGAGCAGGAGCACUUUCUCAUUGUGCCUUUUGGGCUUCUCUACAGUGAGGUUACUGCUUCUAGCCUGGUUAAAAUAAAUAUUCAAGGUGAUGUAAUUGACCGUGGAAGCACUAAUCUGGGAGUGAAUCAAGCUGGCUUCACUUUGCACUCUGCCAUUUAUGCUGCUCGACCUGACAUUAAGUGCAUUGUUCAUAUUCACACACCGGCUGGGGCAGCGGUGUCUGCAAUGAAAUGUGGUCUCUUGCCUCUGUCACCUGAGGCACUGUCCCUUGGAGAAGUUGCUUAUCAUGAUUACCAUGGGAUUCUUGUGGAUGAGGAGGAGAAGGUUUUGAUUCAGAAGAAUCUCGGGCCCAAAAGCAAGGUUCUCAUCCUCAGAAACCAUGGUUUGGUAUCGGUUGGAGAAAGUGUGGAAGAGGCUUUCUACUAUAUUCAUAAUCUGGUUGUUGCUUGUGAGAUCCAAGUACGUACUUUGACCAGUGCAGGGGGCCCAGACAAUUUAGUGCUGUUGGACCCAGGAAAAUAUAAAGCAAAGUCUCGAUGUCAUGAGUCUCCGGAAGGGGAGGGGACAGCGUCUCAUCUAAAAUGGCAGACAGGAGAACAGGAAUUCGAAGCUCUUAUGCGAAUGCUUGAUAACUUGGGUUACAGAACUGGCUACCCCUAUCGAUGCCCUGCUCUGAGAGAGAAGUCUAAGAAAUUCAGUGAUGUGGAGAUUCCUGCUAGUGUCACAGGGUACUCUUUUGCUAGCGAUGGGGACUCGGGCACUUGUUCCCCUCUGCGGCACAGUUUUCAGAAACAGCAGCGGGAGAAGACAAGGUGGCUGAAUUCUGGCCGAGGGGAUGAUGCUUCGGAAGAAGGGCAGAACGGCGGCAGCCCCAAGUCGAAGACUAAGGUGUGGACGAACAUUACACACGAUCACGUGAAACCCUUGCUGCAGUCUCUCUCGUCCGGUGUCUGCGUGCCAAGCUGUAUUACCAACUGCUUGUGGACUAAAGAGGAUGGACACAGAACUGCCUCCUCUGCUGUCCCAAAUUUAUUUGUUCCAUUGAACACUAAUCCAAAGGAGGUCCAAGAAAUGAGGAACAAGAUCCGGGAGCAAAACUUGCAAGACAUUAAAACUGCUGGUCCCCAGUCACAGCUUCUUUCUGGGGUUGUUGUGGACAGAAACUUUGUACAGAGAGUAACUGUUUAUAAGGAUGCUCCCCUCUCAGACUGUACGGAAACAAUUGAAGGGCUCGAUCCCACAGAGCAGGCCUCUAGUCCCGCUAAACCUGUCUCUGUUAGAAAGGGGGAACUGGUGACUGCCUCCAAAGCAAUCAUUGAGAAGGAGUAUCAGCCAAGAGUCAUUGUGAGCACGACGGGACCAAACCCCUUCAACAAGCUCACAGACAGGGAACUGGAAGAAUACUGCAAAGAAGUGGAAAGGAAGCAGAAGCAGUCAGAAGAAGAUUCAGAUGAUGCCAGCCAACCAAGAGAAGAGGCUUCUGCUGACCACCCUGUGGCUUCUAUCCCACCCAGCACUCUGGUCAAGCUACAGGAAGAGAGGCCGCCUGAGCAGCCUUACAAAGAUGACAGUGAUGCUGCAACCUUCAAGCAAAGCCUCCCAGACCUCACCCCUGACGAGCCUUCGGAAGCCCUCAGCUUCCCCACCUCUGGAAAAGAAGAGGAAGGGAAACAUGAUAAAGAUCUGACCCCAGGCCAAGUUGAGUGUCCCGCGGAAAACCAAGACCCCCAAGUUCCGCCUGGGGAAGAAGCGUUGCCCCCACAGGCUGAGGAGGGGGCGACGGCGGACGCAGGCAGCGAUGAGUCUCCUGGGAAGUCUCCGUCCAAGAAGAAGAAGAAGUUCCGCACGCCUUCCUUUCUGAAGAAAAACAAAAAGAAGACUGACUCCUAAACACCUUCAGAAAUGCUGUCAUGUGUUAGAAUUUUAAGUUUAUUAACCACUAGAAUGUAUCAGAUUGUAUUGAGUGUUUUUUGUCUUAUGUAAAAAGCAGAACAAGUAACACCCUCAAGUUAUAGCUUGAUUGCUUAAGAUUAUAAUGGAAAAUUAACAAGCAGAAGGUGCUAAUCCUGUGUAUGUCGCAGCAGCUAAGCCGGUUUAUUCCUAGUAUGUAAAAGUAUGUAAACAUCGGAAGAAGACACUGAACCACUCUGUGCGUGUAAACUUUUCAAGCCCACGUUGCUUUAUAUAUUGAAGGCAAGCUCUUUCCACAGUGUCCUGCUUAAAGUGUGCUGCUGUCCGCUCACUCUAAAAGUUACCUUGUCCCAGAUCCUAGCUUGGUUGCAAUUGGCUUCCGAAGUACUGACGGCUGGGAGAUGACUCUGCAUUUAUAUUUUUGAGAGUUUGUAUUAUUGAACUGAAUAGAUCUGCUUCUGCACUGAAGCAGUGCUGUCCUGAGGCUUCAAAGAAUGUGGUCUUCCUCCCUUCCUGUUUUGAAUUGAAGCAUAGCUGAGAUACUAAACCUACUUGUUUUAUCUAAGAAGAAUUAAGCUGCUUGUGUUUCCUGCUGAGCACCUGGCCUGCUUUCUAAUGAAGUUUCCACAGAAUAAUAAACUAUUUCACUGAUUUAUUUUCUAGCAAAUUUGUAGUAUUGCAGCUCCUCCUAGAAAUCUGGAGGUUAGCUUCAAGUGCGGGAUAUGAAAACUCCCUGGUAGCGAAGACACACCUUGAUCCGGGCUUGUGGUCCCUGGCACAUUGGCUUGAAGGAGCCUGGGCAAGAUUGAUGGCUGCAGCCGCCACCUCCAGCAGUGGGUUUUCCCAGUGGCGAUUCAAACAGUGCCGGGAGAAACCUGGUAAGGUUUGCCACAUGCCGGCAGCAAGUGGCAUGUCUUGGCAGAGCUUGCCAUAUUCACAUGUCCUCAGCAUUCUCUUCUUUUAGCUGGGGUGUGUGUGUGUGUGAGUGUUCCAGACACAGUGAACAUUUUACUGUAAUAAUUGGGAUUCCUUGAGAACUUCAAACUGGGUUUACAUCUGAUUGUAACAGAAGCAGGUGCAUUCACAUACGACGAGGUCCGGGGGGGGGGGCUCUUUUUUUAAAUUGAAUACUGGAUGAUGAAUUGAAUACUGGAUGAUGCACCACAUCAGGGCUGUGUAACGAAAAAAGCCGGGCGCAUAGUAGCUCGCGUUGAAUACCUUACCCUAGGAGAAUGUGUUCAGUGACUGGGUGCAGCUUCAUUAGAAACAAAACACCUGUAUUUCGGUUCCACAUAGGUAUCUUGGAGCCAUUUAAAAGAAGAAUGCGAAUUUGCCUCUGUAAGACUGACACAGAAAGGUUUACAGGGAGCCAGGGUUGAUGGUAGUCAUACCACCACUGCAGGAAAAUGGGCAAGCGCUGUUCUCUGCAGAAGAAGAGGAGAGACUGAAACUGUCCGUGUUUCCUAUGGACUCUGCAUGGCACUAAUGGCUUUCAGCUUGUUUCCUAACUUUGUAUGUCCUGUGAACACUAAGCAGCCAGUCCCGAUUUCGCUCCGCUGUGUCUCAUGGCCUGAGUUGAAAUUGCAUCACAAAAGCCAUUGCUUCAUGUUUCUGUUAGAAAAUGUAGGGACUCAAAUUAUCUUUUUGACCACAUAUGCAAUGAUUUUGAAGUUCUAAUUUUGUAGUUCUUGAUUCUUUGUAUUACAAUAUGAAAUCUAGUUGUGUAUGGGGUGUGGCACACGGGGGUGGGGGUGGGAGGGAAGCAGAAGAGUCUUGUAUUUUUUCUUCCUUUGUUGUAUCAUUCAGUUCUA